AUGCUGGCUGCUGCCAAUGUCCCCUGGCUCUCGGAUGCCUUGGCGAGGGCCGUGUCGCAGAUUGAGCCAGCGGAGAGCUAUCUUCUGGAGUUUGCAUAUAUUCUUCUGGAGAAAUGGCAGCACUGUUUGGCUCGUUCCAUGCCGCUCCUGCUUGUGGCAUUCCUGUUGUUCCAGGUCGCCGCAUUGCCGGUGGUGAUCUCCCUGGGAAGUUUUUGGUUCCUGCGGAUGGGCCCGGGCAAUGCGUCGGGCAUUCUUCUGGCCGUACCUCCGGGCCUCGUGCUUUUGGUGCUCAUCGGCCUGAACGUUCGAAGGUGCCCUGGACGACGCCCCCGGGAGCUGGAACUCACCGCUGUCACGAAGUCGACCGAUACUUCAAAAGACAUUGCAAUGAGCAGCGAUCCCGAUGCCUCUUGUGAACAAGUUGCAGUGAUCGAUUGCGGCAGCCCCACAUCUUCCAGAUUAGUCGUGGGGUCGACCGACACUUCAAAACUGGUUGCGCGGAGCGGUGCAGUGAUCGAUUGCACCAGCCCCACAUCUUCCAGAUUUACCCUGUGA